UAGAUCUUGACUAUGCCUUCCUAAUCCUCUAGAAUGUCUCAGGAAAAUGAACCGUGGAAGAAAGAGGCCUUGGAGGAUGAAUUCUCCGGUGUGAGGCUGCAGAAGCUGGAACAACAGCGACAGCUAUUUGAGAAGAAGCAGCGCAGGAAGCGCCAGGAGCCCCUCAUGGUUCAGGCCAAUCCUGACGCUUCCCUGAGGCACCGGCGACCAAGGCGUGGGGACGAUCGCUUCCAGAGUGACAGCGGCUGGGGACUCGGUGGUGGGAGCCCUUUCCUCCAGGAGACCGUACCACAGGCUCAUCUGCCCUCGGGGGCCCACGGUGCCUUGGUCACCAUGAGCUGUGUUGGAGAUGGCAGUGGCGAGCGGGCGCCUCUCCUGUCACCCAGAGGGACAGUGUAUACUCGGGGCAAUGGCCCUGCUGUCCGACAUCUAUGCUGGCUCCCAGACAGCUCAGAUUCAGAUGUGGAGGAGGUGACCAUGGAGGAUAUCCCUGUCAUCCCCCGACCUCCCAAGACACAUCUGGCAAACCGUCGCCGGGGCUGGUUAGCCUCCCCAGGACCCGGGAUCAGUGAAGAGGAAGAGGUUGAAUCCAAGGAUGAAGCAGUUGAACAAAAGGCACCCAGUCCGGCCCCUGCAGUGAACCCUGAUAGGAUUUAUGGAGACUUGGCAUCCUGCAAGGUGGAAGAGAGUACAGUGAAAAAUAAUGUAGAAACGAGAGCACCAGCCUCUGACAUCGGGGAUGAAGAUCUGGAGAAGAAAGAGGCCUCAGAGUCCACAGGGACAGACCACGCCCCAGUGGCAGCCGAAGCCUUGCAAGGCAAUGGCGAUACAAGCGACCAUAGUUGGAGCGUGACCGGCCCCCUGCCCCGCCCCCCAGGCCCUCGGCUCGGGGAGGACAUGGGCGCGUAUGUGCUCCUCCCUGCACCCCGAGACCACAUGGUGCAGUGCCGCAUCGUCCGGAACAAACACGGCAUGGACAAGGGCAUGUUCCCCUCCUACUACCUCUACCUGGAGGCCGAGGACGGAGUGGCACAUUUCCUUCUGGCUGGGCGGAAAAGGAAAAGAAGCAAAACCUCAAAUUAUCUCAUCUCCCUGGAUCCCAAAGACAUGUCUCGCAACGGGAACAACUUCGUAGGCAAAGUUAGAUCCAAUGUCUUGGGCACGAAAUUCACCAUCUUUGAUAAUGGGGUGAACCCGGAGCGGAACUACUGGAUCCCAGACAGUGCCCGUAUCAGAGAGGAGCUGGGAGUUGUAUGUUAUGAGACCAAUGUCUUGGGAUUCAGGGGGCCUCGGAGAAUGACUGUGAUCCUUCCAGGAAUGGACAGCCGGAAGCAAAGAAUGAGGGUGCAGCCACAAAAUGAUCAGGAUUCUAUAUUGAGUCGCCUACAAAAGGGUGCUAGACACGGGCUGCUCUUACUGCAGAACAAGGCCCCAUCUUGGAGCGACGAGAGCGGCGCCUACGUGCUCAAUUUUCACGGUCGCGUCACUCGGGCUUCGGUCAAGAACUUCCAGAUUGUUCACCCCGAUGAACCGGACCACUUGGUGCUCCAGUUCGGCCGCGUGGCCCCAAACAUAUUCACUAUGGAUUUCCGAUAUCCUCUUUGCCCGCUCCAAGCCUUCGCCAUCUGCUUAUCCAGUUUCGAUGGGAAACUGGCGUGUGAGUAACUGAAUAAAAUACCAUCCCUCAGCAGCUCUGU